AUGGGCGCAUGUUACAUUGCAUACAUGGAUACACGGCUACUACCUACCUCAGGAGGAGCGUCAAGCCGAUUGCAGAACCGUGUGCAAAACUGGACACUCACCUAUAUACCCUACCUACAUCAUAACGGCCUACGUGCCACUACGUCCAGUGCGAUGAGUCCUGCCCACGGUUCAGUCUUCGAGGCGGCCAUCCAGGUAACGCCCCUUGGUUCGCAUCGCUACUCUGCCCAUCUCGAAGACGCAUGGUGCAUUGGGUCUGUCCCGCAUGGCGGAUAUACCUCGUCGGUGCUCUACCGGCUGGCGCUUGUCCAUUUUGCCCAGACACACCCAACCCUCUACAAUGGUCCGGCCACGCCGAUAACGAUGCAGCUGGCGUUUCUGCGCCGCACGGCGGUCGGACCCGCCGUGCUGACUGUCCAGGAUACCAAGCUUGGGAGGCGGACCAGUACCGUGCAUGUGACGUUGUCUCAACCGCCGGAACGAAAGAAGACAGCGUCGAAAAACAACCAAGCAGAGGAACUAGAAGUGAAAGUGGCCGGGUAUAUCACGGUCAGUCCGGCACACGCAGAGGUGGGCCUGACCACCUCGACGGGGUGGGAGCUGUCCCCGCCUCCGCCGCCGGGAUCCCAGCCCGAUGGCACGGUGCACUUGGCGGCGCUGGGCGAUACGGGUCGGGACGGCGCGUGGACGCGCUUUAGUAUGCCAUUUCCAUCGUUUCGGCGAGCGACAGCGCAUGCAGAACUGUACGGGCCAGACCCCGCUUCGGCUCCCGUCUCGGGUCAGCGGACGGUGGUGGACCAGUGGGCGCGAUUCCGGCCAAAUGGGGAUGUCUCGUCGCGGUGGACCAAUGAAGCCCUGGUGUAUCUGACGGAUUUGUUUCCGGGGGCGUUGUCCGAGUUUGAUGACAUGGCCACGACGUCUGGAGACCAGGGUCACGCCCGGAACUGGUACCCAACAGUGACACUGAAUAUCGAUCUGAAGCGACGGUUGCCGGCAGAGGGGGUGGAGUGGCUGUACAGCAGGGUCCAGACUAAGCUGGUGCGGGAAGGACGGACGGAUCUGGACGUGACUGUGCUAGAUGGACGAGGACAAGUGGUGGCGUUGAGUACACAGGUGGGUUUGGUGGUGAGUGCGAGUCGCAAUAUCGGAGGCCGACAGAAGCUGUAG